UACUCCGUCACACAUCGGAACAAAAUCAAAACGAAACCGUUUUUUUCUAAAAUAACAGAAAUUUCAGACUACAAAAAUAGAACAUUCCGCCUUUUAUCAACGUUUUCUCUUCGCUUCAAAUUGGGGAUUUGGUUUUUCUCCAAAUACAAACCCUAGAAAUUAAAUUGCUGGAAUUGGAAGAAUCACUGUAGUUGAAGAAAUCCUACACAGUAUCAGCUGCUUAAAAUUGAAAUAUGAGGUCGAAGAGACUGGAACUUCAAGAAGCUCAGCAGAAGCAGAAGAAGAAGCUGGCAACAACAAAAUCAUCUUCUGCAAGCGUCACUGGAAGUUCGGCAAACAAAAUUGUGAGCAUUGCGGCGGAUGCAAGAGUCAAAGCAGUUGCUCUCAAGAAGAAGAGGUUGUCAACAACUAAACCAUGUUCUGCAUUUGUAAAUGGCAUUAGGGAAAACGAGAUUGCGACUGAUCCAGUGGACGAAAGACUCAUUGAUGACAUGCCUGAUGCUGGGGGUGAUAUUAGAGAUGAAGAUACUGACACAGUUGAUUCUUGGAGCGAUAUUAGAGAUGAAGAUGCUGACAUGGUUGAUACUGGGAGGGAUGCACGAGAGGAAGAUGCUGACAUACUUGAUGCGGAUGGAAGUGGGGGCGUGCAAUUUGCAGAAGGCCAAUCGUUACCCACCAACUCUGGUGAAAAUGCUGACAUGCUUGGCGCGAAUGAAAGGGUUAACAUGCAAUUUGUGGAAGACCAAUCGUUGCCCACCAACUCUGACAAAGUUGCAGGUUUGUCAAGGAAAAGGAAACAUGAUAUGGUCCAAAGACAAGUAACUGACCCCCAUAGCGAGUCUAAUAAUGCAAACUGCACUGGUAAUGGCCAAGGAAGCACUUGUAUGCCAUCAGGUACGCGUAAAUUGAUUAUAUUCGACAAAUAUGGGCGGCCUUGUGAUGUUGGGUCAGAAGUAUUUGCAACGGAUAUUGGUAGGAUAGUACGAGCGCACUGUCCUCCUGCGAUUGAGUCUUGGACAAAAGUUCCAAACAGCAUGAAAGACAAUAUAUGGAGGGAUAUUGUUAUUAAGUAUGUCGUACCUGAAAUUUAUAAGCCUAAUGUUUUGUUAAGGGCUAACAAAGCUUAUAAAACUUGGAAGCGUCAGCUGCGAGUAGAGUUGGAUAAACAUGAGACCACUGCUGAGAGGAAAAUAAAUAUGCCAAAACGUUUGAUCAAAAAGAGAGAAGAUUGGGAGAGUUUUGUUGAUUUCUGCAAUACUGAUGAGGAUAGGAAACGUCGUGCAAUUGGUAAAAAGGCUAGAGAAGGUCUUGAAUUUUUACAUUCAUGCGGCAGGAAAGGAAUUCAUCGCAAAAUUUAUGACUUGGAAAAAGAGAGUCCAACUGGUGAAGUUAGCAGAGCUGCGAUAUUUCUUGACACACAUAUUCCCAAGAAUAUAAAUGAUCCUGAAUCGCCCUCUAUCUCAGAUAUUAAAAUGAGAUUGAUUAAGGAGCUUGUAGAAGCUAAUCCAGACGGUCAAAAAGAUAUUGGCAACGAUGCUGUCACAUUGGUAUGUGGACGUGAUACAAGAGGUGUUGUAUUAGGCAUGGGAGGAGGUGUUUCGAUUACUAAGGUGCGUGCUUCGGCAGCAAGUGUUGAAUAUCUUCGCAAAGUACAACAAGAAAACAAGACUCUGCAGUCUGAUAUCCAUUUACUCCGAACACAAUAUGGAUCACCCACACCAAAUCAUACUUCUACGCUCCGAACAGACGAUGCAUUACCUACACAAAAUUAUACUUCUACACCAUAUACUCUAUCUGCGUCUGAUGUCCAUUCACUCCGAACACACUUUGGAUUACCCACACCAAAUCAUACUUCUACACCAUCAAUUCAAUCUGCACCACCCACACAAAAUCACACCUCUAGACCAUCAAAUCAAUCUGCGUCAAACAUACAAAAUUGUACUACUAUACCAUCAAAUCUAUCUGCGUCUCAGGCACCUGGCGUGUCCAACUUGCCUGCUCGUUCACGUUUGGCACCUGAUGUGUCCAACUCGCUUGUUCGUUCAUGUUUGGCACCUCCUGCGUCCAACUUGCCUGCUAGUUCAUGUUUCAUAAAAAACUUCAAAGGAAAAACCAUUGCUUUAGGUAGUAUUAACGCUGCUGAUCCACCAAUGGAACAUGUCUACAGUCUAAGUAUUGAAGAAAUAUUUGAUAAAAACGCAGAAUUAUUUGAUGAAGAUGGGAAGCUUGGAGAUAUUACGAUCGGUGGCGUGAUUAAUUGGCCAAAAGCAUGUGUUAAGUCCAACUUCCCUGCCAACUCUUGUUUCAUUAGAAACUUUAAAAGAAGAAUCAUCGCUUUCGGUAAUUUCAGCACUGCUGAUCCGCCAAAAGAACAUGUCUACAGUGUAACUGUCAAGGAAAUUUAUGACAGAGAUGCAGAAUUAUUUGAUGCAGAUGGGAAGCUUGGAGACAUUAUGAUUGGUGGCGUGAUUAAUUGGCCAAAAGCAUGUGUUAAGCUUUGUUGACAGUAAUCCAUGUAAUUAUUGUUUUCUCAUUUCCUGUACCUAAGUUGUAAGUAUAGUCUUUGCAAGUGUUGUUUUCUGGGCUCUAGUUUUCGUAGUUCUUUUUGGAUGUACGGGCCAUUCCAAAAAUAUAGCGGUUUCCUUUCUCAA